AUGCCGUCUCACGCGGAUCUGGAUCGUCAGAUCGAGCACCUCAGGCAGUGUAAGUACCUGCCGGAGGCAGAGGUGAAAGUCCUCUGCGAGCAGGCGCGGGCGAUCCUUGUGGAGGAGUGGAAUGUCCAGCCUGUCAAGUGCCCCGUCACGGUGUGCGGUGACAUCCAUGGCCAGUUCCAUGAUCUUAUCGAGCUUUUCCGGAUAGGAGGGGAAGCCCCCGAUACCAACUAUCUCUUCAUGGGAGACUACGUAGGUAAGCGUCCGGGAAAAUUUGAAUCUCGGCGUAUCAAAAAUGGUCUGAUGCACAUCAAACGUCUGGGGCUAGACUUGUAAUUAUUAGGUUUUGGGGGAUUAUUUUCCAUGACUUGAUUACAUUCAUUUCUACCAUCUACUUUGGAAUUGAUCUAUUAACUCAUUUUUGCGUAGAAUAUUCUUCUGACCGAAUAUUUUCAAGUUUCAAACUAACCCAGCUUCUGGCCCCUGAUUUUAAAAUUUUCGGCGUAAUUCAGUCUAGGGAACCCUGAUUUAGGUUGGUCUAAGACAGUACCAACUAACCUAAUCACUUGCCUUUGGUCAUAACGCUUCUGAAUUUGAGGUGAUGAAAUUUGUUCUUUCAUAGUCAUUCUAUUUUGGUGAAGAAUGGUACUCAUUUUGUUUCGAUGGAUAUUUUUCAUUUUUGAGGAGAAAAACACAAGGGAAAAUUUUCGUGCAGUUUCUUGAUUUUCUCAAAUUUUUUGGGUAUAAAAUGUUAUGGCAGAAGCUGGAGUCCGCUAACUUCUAGGAAGUUUUGCCUUUAUUCAUUUAGUUUGUUGGCCUCUACCAAGUGUUAAUUACUAUGAAUCAACUGUGUUCAAGAUUCUGAGGAAUGUGAAGCUCUUGAUUUAUGUUCAUUGUAAGUGUAUCAUAUAUUCUUGUCCUUCUGGUCAAGAAGAAGCCGUUGUUGAUGCUUUGAUAGCCAUGAAGUUGUUUAUCAUGGCCCUUUAGUCACUCUCGGAAUCCUAAAAAGGCCGCCCUCAUGAUCAUAUUCCAUUAAAGUCUAGGAUACUGUCAUUUAUUCCCGGGAGAGAUGCUUAUUCCUCUCCCAAAAGCCUCUACCAAGUCUCUACCAAAUCUCUAGGCCAGUUUCUCAUCGUCUUAAAAGCCUUUGGAACUGCUGAGUUUUUUGGGAUGAUCAAAGGACAUUAUCUUCACAAAAAAUCUGGGGCGCCACAACCUAAUUGGAUGCAGUAUAACAAGUUUCUUCUUCCAUAAGCCGAUUUGUUCUUGUGGUUCAUUCUGAAAAUAGGGGAUAUGUGCACCUUUGGCUUUUCUCGUCUUUGUUUCUUAGCACUUAAACUACACCACGAACGAAAUAUGCAAUCAUGAAAACACUUGAUGAAGAUAUAUUUUUUCUGUCUUUAUAUGGAUUCAUUGAAGAAACGGCACUUAUGAGACACUGGCAUACCUUUUCCUGUUUCUUUUCACGGGAUUUUGCAUGAUCUCUGUCAUGAUUAUCUUUCAAGAAUAUUUACUCUGGUGACAGUUUAGUUUCCUUUUUAUAAUACAGAUCGUGGGUAUUACUCAGUGGAGACCGUCACCCUUUUGGUGGCCUUGAAAGUUCGUUACAGAGAGAGAGUUACGAUUUUAAGAGGAAAUCAUGAAAGCCGGCAGAUAACUCAAGUGUAAGUCUGUCAUCCGCCAAACUUUUAUCCGUUCGAGGUUAUCCUCAAAUUCACAUACUAGAUUUAGGGAUUCGCCUUUACUUUUUCUAUAACUUGCGUUUUUGUUGUUCUCUUGAUUCUGUUUUGAAUCCAAUUGGGUCACAACUCUUUCUCUCUCUGAGAAACCAUUUAUUCUAAUAGAUUUUAUGCCACCGUGUGUUAGUUUAUGUAAGUUUAAUGUCUUCCUCGAAAUAUAUUUAUUUGGGGCAUCAAGUUAUAUCCUUGGUCUGGAUAAUAGCUUCUGAAGUAUUUGUUCAAAUUAAAAAAUGUACUUUUUGGUACACCUCUAAUAAUAUUUGUGUUAACUGGUCUUCACAGAAAUACUCAUAAAACAUUGCUUCAAGAUGUUAUAUGACACUUGUCCAAUGACUAUGCUCUUUUGUGCCAACCUUCUGAAAUUACCUCUAAAUACGUAGAGAAAUACUUUGCUUCCUUGAGUAAGUAGAUCAUAGAGCAUAAUUUAAUCACUGUAGAAUAUUUCUCGUACAAUUUUCUGACGUGAGGAGAUUCAUCUUGAUGAGGUGAAUAGACAUUACGGAGAAAACAGAAUUCUUAUUUUCAUUUCACGAGAUAUUUUCGGGGUUUUCUUAUUCAGGUUUGACCACUUGGAAACGUCAUGAAACCAGUACAAGUGACAAGAUGAGGACCAAAACUAAUUGAAUAAAAUGGACUAGCUGUAUCAAAUUUAUUGUGAUGUUAGUAGUUGGAAGGGAUGUCUUGUUGUGUGUGUUCCAUGUUGGGUAUCAUGAUAGACUGUGUGACAGAGCUCGCCGGUUGAAAAUCAGAUAGGCCCUUUUUUUCUGAAGAUAUUCCAAUGAUUGAGUUCAGAAGCAUCUAAGAAAACAAUGCUAAGAUGUGAGCAUAUUAUAAAUAUAUGGCACGAAUUUAAAGCGGUACAUUCAUGCAGAGUAGUUGGGAUGUUGUAGUUAAUCAAGAGCAAUGUUCUAGUGUCAUCAGAUCAAAGUUGGGUCUAAACUAAGCUGUGAAAGUUGGGAAAAUCUUCAUGCCGUUGCGAUACUUAUGUAGAGUAGUUUCUUUUAACUAGACCAUUGCUCUUGAUUAACUACAAGAGCAGGGCAGGAUGAUUCUCGUGCACCUAUGUUGGGCAUUAAAAGAUCGUUUGGAUCUUUUGAAGGGUUUUGAGGGUAUGAGUUUAGUUGACGAGAUUGAUCAAGGACUACAUUUGAACAUAGAUUUGAGGUCAGUUAACAAAGGGGAGGAGUUCAUGAUUAAUAAAGAGGCUACAAAAAUCUUCACAGAACUUUCACUCUUAUUUAGUCUUAGUGAUGAUUCCAAACAUUUCUGAGAAAAUAAAACUCCUUGAUACGAAACAUUAUAGCAAAAAAUUCUAGUAAUAUGAAAUUAUUACUUACGUAGAUGGAAAAGAUCCACAAGAUAUGGUCUUGCUAAAAUGAUCAUUAGUUUUUUUUCUAAUCCUUUUCUUUUUUUUUUUUUUGAAAGAUUGCUUCCCACUUAUUCAUCUUCGUUUAAUAUACGUUGACUGGGAUAAUUGUCAGAGUACCUGUGAUGGUGGACCAUUCCGAUGCUGCCCAUAACUGAACCACCCCCCCCCCCCAUCCUGUGGGCGUUUUCUUUUACUGAUAGGGAUGUUGGACUAGACACUUGGCUCUUUAGAUCAGAGUUUUCAUGGCACCUGCGAUCCCAUAGAAGAAUGCUUAAACGUCUCUACGUUCGUUUUCCUAUCACUCGGCAGCCUUGAAUGAGUCCACGUGGCCGUGCCAUCAUUUGGUGUUCCUGGGCUGUGGAGUGGAAUGGUAUGGACCCAUUUUUCUGAAGGAAAGUCUGGUUUAUGACGUCUUCAUGAAACCCUCUGUCGUCGAAUUCAUGUACCCAUGCCUGCAUUCAUGCAGCUGUUCUUAGGUGAAUAGUCAACGCUGUCACACAGUAGGGAUUCCUAUGAGUAGACAGUCAACUGUCCUGUUCUUUCGUUCUGCUCCUCUGUGGAGUGUAAGCCUAUAGCUAAUCUAUCUAUCCUCUCCACUGGAGAGAUGGUAAUGAGAAGUGGGCUCACCCUGGUGAUGCUAAAUAGUUGGUCGACACCCCCACUGUGGUUUUACCAAAAAAACCUCUCCCAUUUGGUCUCAAAAACACGUUUAUCUUGCCAAAAACAGAAAUUCACGUUUAUUCUCUGUUAAAGGAAUCUUUGUUCUGUUUCAGGUACGGGUUUUACGACGAGUGCUUGAGAAAAUAUGGGAACGCAAAUGUCUGGAAGUACUUCACCGACCUUUUCGACUACCUCCCCCUCACUGCCCUCGUCGAGAACCAGGUUUAUGUUCUAAAAGUGGCCCUGAGACGUGGCGCCGUAAUAUGCCACUUUUGGGUAUUCUUCUGACCACGAUCUUUGUCUGCCGUAGGUGUUCUGCCUGCACGGAGGCCUGUCCCCGUCUCUGGACACGCUGGAUAACAUCCGUGCUCUCGAUCGUGUACAGGAGGUAUGCUGCUACUGUGGCCAUUAUUUAUUUCUAUUUACGGGAAAGUUAUUCCGGCCCUACAAUGAUCGGAAUUUUAUGAAUCACCUCAUUUAUGGUAUAUUUCGGUGACGGAGGCAGAAAAACAAACGUUAUUAAUAUCAUGGCUGACCGGGUGGUGCGUUAUAGGUCCCACAUGAAGGGCCGAUGUGCGAUCUCCUGUGGUCCGACCCCGACGACCGCUGCGGGUGGGGGAUCUCCCCCAGAGGGGCGGGCUACACGUUCGGACAAGACAUCACGGCGCAGUUCAACCACACCAACGGCCUCUCCCUCGUCUCCCGGGCCCACCAGCUCGUCAUGGAAGGCUACAACUGGUCUCAGGUCAACUCCCCAUUCCCUUCAUAACGGGCCUGACGUUCUCUAGUCGGCUGGGCGUUCUCUAAUGGGAUUCGCUUCGCUCGUUCUGCAGGACAAGAACGUGGUGACGGUGUUCAGCGCGCCCAAUUACUGCUACCGCUGCGGGAACAUGGCGGCGAUCCUGGAGAUCGGGGAGAACAUGCAGCAGGAGUUCAUCCAGUUCGAGCCCGCCCCGCGGCAGGUCGAGCCGGAGACCGCCCGCCGGACCCCGGACUACUUCUUGUGA